GUGGUACGUAGAACUUAUCAUUUUAAAUCCGCGUUUUGACCUCCAACUAAGUUCUGCAGUUCACAAUGGAAAAAAUAAGCGAGAAUAAGAGCAAAAUAUUGGUGAUCGGCGCGACGGGGAUGAUCGGAAGGUUCCUCGUCUCGGCAAGCAUUAAGGCCGGCCACCCUACAUUCAUGCUAGUGAGGACAAACACCGUCGCCACCGAUCAUGACAAGGCUAAACUGGUGGAGGAUUUUAAAAGCCGCGGUGUCGUAGUUGUCACUGGAGAUGUACAUGAUCAUGGGAGCUUGGUGGGGGCAUUUAAGCAAGUGGAUGUGGUGAUCUCAGCAGUGGGGCACAAAUUUCGAGAGCAAUUAGCGGACCAGAUUAAGAUCAUACGAGCCAUCAAGGAAGCAGGAAAUGUCAAGAGAUUCCUUCCAUCUGAGUUCGGCUCUGACGUCGAGCAUGUUGAGUUAGUCGAGCCGGCGGCAAGUGUACUGCACACAAAAACUGAACUUCGGCAGGUAAUUAGGGAAGAAGGGAUUCCACACACUUUCGUUUGUAGCAACUGCUUCCAAGGCUUCUUCCUUCCAAGAUUCGGACAACCCGAAGCAGAACAUCCUCCUACGGACAAAGUGAUCAUCUUAGGCGAUGGAAACCCUCAAGCUAUUUUUGUUAAUGAGAACGACAUGGGCGCGUACACCAUUAAAGCCGUCGACGACCCGAGAACUCUCAACAAGACGCUCUUCAUAAGCCCGCCGGCCAACUUCUAUUCCCUCAACCAACUUGUAUCAUUGUGGGAGAAGAAAAUUGGUAGGACUCUUGAGAAAAUCCAUGUAUCCGAGGAAGAUGUUCUCAAGAAGAUACAAGAGUCCUCGUAUCCGCUAAGUUUCCAAUUUGCAAUAGCUUACUCGGUUUUUGUCAAGGGAGAGCUAACCAACCGCGCCAUUGAUCCAAGUAUUGCGGUCGAGGCAACAGAACUGUAUCCUGAGAUUAAGUACGUGAAAGUUGAAGAUUACUUGGAUUGCAUCAUGUGAUACAUUACUGCUGAGUAGUAAGAUCGAUGUGUUCUAAUUAUAUUGAUCGUAUGUAAUUGAGUGUUGACUCAACGCAACUCUAGAGUUACCUUCAGUUAUUUCUAUUUUAGGCCGUUGGUGCUGUUUUACUAUUUUGCUUAAUCAUAUUACCACGAUAGAUAUAUAUAUAUAUAUUGGCUAAGCUUACAAUAAAUUUGUGAAGUGCAUUUAUUUGUGCUUCGCUAUUAACAUAUAAGAGCUCAAUGGUGUUCACUAGUUUCACCAUUAACGUUUGCAAUACAUCUAAAUAGUUGAUUGUGUUGUGUUA